AAUGCUAAAUGUUCACGUAAACGAUGUGAGCUUCCCGAAGACAUACCAAACGGUCGAUUUAUACUUGUAAAUGGAACCGAAUUUGUUUAUGGAACCACUAUCAAAUACAUAUGCAAUAAAGGUUACCAGAUGGCGAGUUUUAUAGACACCAGAACAUGUCUGGCUGCGGGUUGGAACAAUCACUUGCCUUUGUGUGAAGAAAUAACAUGUUCUCCACCUGUAGCUAAGGAGAACAUCAUUGUGGAUGGACUUCCUGAUAAUGAUGACUUACUGAGAUAUGGACAUCAGUUACAAUUCACUUGUAAAUCUGGAUUUAAAUUAGUAGGGCAGAAAGACGUCACAUGUGGUGAAAAUGGAGUAUGGAAUCAUCCAAGCCCUAUAUGUGAAGCGAACAAAGAUUGUGUCGCACCACCAUAUGUUGAAUUUGCAGAUAUAACUACUUUACAGAAAUCCCACUAUAGCUCUGGAGAAAGUGUUAAAUACAUGUGCCAAAACUUAUACACCUUAUCUGGUCAGUCCUACAAGACCUGUACACAUGGAAUGUGGAGCGGAUUGAUGAAAUGUUUAAAACCCUGCAUUGUGAACAUAGAAGACAUGGAUGCUCGUAACAUACAGCAAUAUUAUGGGAAAAAAAGAAAAAUGUUCACAGCCCAUGAAGAUCGUAUUAUUUUUAAAUGCCAGUAUAGAAGACAACCAAAAAGCUAUCCCUCGGAAUUCAAUCAGCUGUGCAAUGAUGGAUUUAUGAAAUUGCCAUCUUGCCAGUAAAGUACAUCAAGUUUCUACAAAACUAUGGAUGAAGAAGUUUGGAUGAAACUUAAAUGACCUUUUAAUUUGGAUGAAUAUUAAAUUACCUUUUUUUUUAUUUAGUUCUUUAGAAAUAAAAAUAUUUAUAGCAUCUUAGUGUCACUCAUAUAAAGUAAGUAUCAGGUGAAUCAGGUAAUGGAGUGUUAAACCAUUGUUACGAAUAGACAUGAGUUGUUGAUAUUUUGAGUUGUUGAUAUUUUCCAAGAAAUUGGAAGUACAUUCAGAUGUAAUCUUGUGACCUUAUAUGAAGAAGUACAAAUGUAAUUGCUUUGCAAACUUUCAUUCACCUGUCAAAUGAUAAUAAAGGGAAUGAAGAUGCCA